GAUAAGACGACGCAUUUGCAUCACCAUCGGUUAUCUCGCUGUUGACGUUACGUGAUAACGACCAACACUGUUCAGUAUUCGCCGAAAAGUGUUGAAAUAAUGUUGAAGAAUGCCGUUUCACUGAUCACCGGUGGAUCGUCCGGGCUCGGAUUCGCCACCGUAGAGCGCUUUGCCCGCGCAGGCUGUCGGGUAAUCCUUGCAGAUCUACCGUCCUCUAACGGAGAAAAGGUCGCUUCGGAUUUGGGAGAUAAUGUGACAUUCGUACCUACGGACGUUUCUUCGGAACAUGAUGUCACCAAUGCCCUCGAAGAAGCUAAAAAUCGAUUCAAUCGAUUGGACAUUGUCGUUAACUGUGCCGGGAUCGCUUUUCCGGAGAAAGUCUACGACUUCAAAAACGGCAGGCCGCACAGUUUAAAAUCUUUCCAGGCACUGUUAAACAUCAAUACCGUUGGAACAUUCAACGUGAUUCGGCUUGCAGCUGGUCUGAUGGGUAAAAACGCACCGGAUGGUAAUGGCCAACGGGGAGUUAUCGUCAACACGGCUUCCGUACUGGGUUAUGAUGCCCAAACGGGGUUGACGGCGUACUCGGCCUCGAAAGCAGCCAUAAUUGGAAUGACGCUACCGAUUGCGCGUGACCUUAGCGGUCAGGGCAUUCGGGUGGUCACGAUCGCACCUGGUUUGUUCGAAACCAAGAUGACCGGAGAACUACCCAAGGAAGCCGUGAAGAUGUUGAUCUCGACUAUUCCAUUUCCCAAGAGGGCUGGUCAUCCAAACGAGUUUGCCAAACUGGUUCAGGAUGUUGUGGAGAACCCUAUGCUAAACGGAGAGGUUAUUCGAUUAGAUGCUGCCGCAAGAUUUAACAUUUGAUUUAUUAGAACAAUAAACAAGUAGCCUUUACAUCAAACAUCCCUA